AUGUCAGGACGGAGGGAUUCGUGGACGAAGCAGUACCAGGAGGUCGAGUACGAUUUGGGGUUCGAGCGGGACCGCAUGUUGCCUGGGACGCCCUCGGCGCCGUCCACCCCUGUUUCUGCGCACCACCAGCUGCAGCCCGCGUCGCCUUUGCACCACCACCACCACCACCAACAACAACAACAGCAGCAGUUUCACCAGCAGCAGCAGCAAGGGUUCCAGAUGAGCCAGCAGCAACAGAUACCGCCGGGAUACCAGCAACAACAGCACCAGCAACCGACGGUCUCGCUGGUUAUGUCGCCGUCCAGCCCUAACCAACAGCUGCAUUUCGGGGCCAGCACGUCGUCCCGCCCGUCGACGUCGCAGGGACAGGGCCAGACGUCGUCGAUAUACGGCUCGGGUUCUUAUCAUCACGACCAGUCCUCUGCGGCGGCGCAGGAUAGCAACGGCAACAACGCAUUCACCCGCUCACCCCGUGCUUCAUCGUUCAAAUCGUUCCCCUCGUCACCUCUCAAACCCGCUUCGCCCUUCGGCGCCACCCAACAACAGCAGCAGCAGCAAAAUCCUCUCCCCCGCUCAUCGUCCGCCUCGAAUGCUCCUUCUUUGAGCGGUGUCAACGGCGGAGGUGGAGGGUCCCCGCCGUUCCAAAGCCCCUUUGGCCGCCCAGGCAGCCGCGCAAGCAUCAACUUCAGCCGCAUGCCCAGCGACAUCGGCGCACACAGCAGCAUCAGCGCGCCCUACCCGGGUCUCCCCACCACCGGCUCGCGCGGCUCGAUGAUCCUCUACCGGCGCGCCGACUCGAUGAUCCAGGUCCCCACACCGAGCGGCAUGAACACCCCGCCCCUCCAAGCCUCGCACACGGGCGCCACGGACGACAGCGGCGCGGGCGGCCUGCUCCCCCCGCCCGGGUUCGCUGCGAUGAAUAGGGCGUCGGUGUACUCCACCUCGGGGGACUCGAUGAUCUCGAUGGGGAGCGACAGCAAGUACCCCGCGAGUAUGGUUGGCGGGUAUAUCGGUGGAGGGUAUGGGAGUGAGCCGCGGGGUCUGGUGGCGUACGCGUACGACCCGGACGAGGACGACGACAGCGAUGACGGCGAGGACGACUGGCUGCACGAUCCCGAGAUUGAGUACCCCGGCAGCUCUUCAUCCCGCAAAAACUCCACCGCAACGCGGAAUACAUCUACAGCGUCGAGUAGCACGCAUGGUAAUCUGAAACCGACGACAGGAAAGCCGCGCCGCCCGCCAAAGGUGUACUCAUCGCCGAUUAUUUCGUGGCGCGGUGUGGUGAAUAUCUCGACGCUGGUGGCGAUGGUCGCUGCUCUGCUUUGUCUAUUCGUUGUGUACCCGAUGGUGCGGUUUUACACCGAUGCGCCGGUUAACGAGCGGAUUACGGGUAAUCUUAGGAUUAAUGCGACUGGGCAGGCGGUGGAGGAUGAUGUGUUUGAUUCGAGUGGGACGACGGGGUCGCCUGGGCAGGGAGGAGGAGGGACACCGACGGGCCCGAGGAUUUCGACGACGGUUACGCAGAUUAAUCAGGGUGGUGUUAUUUUUGAUCGACGGUGGUGGAGUGGAUUGGGGUUGUGGAAGAGGGAGGAGGAGGAUUGGGAUCUGCCAUUCCCUUCGACUUCGUACGACAUCCCUGGUCUCUCUACCUCGUUGAAACGCCGUCGACCGCAGUAUGAGCAGCAGCCUCUUCAGCACGAACGUGAACGACGCCCUCUCCGGUCUGGUAGCUCGACGAUACCCUCUAGAACUGUCUCGGAACCAUAUGCUUCUACUGAGACUGCCAUUCCUAUCUCUUAUACUGGGAAUGAAAAUCCGAAUUCCGACGGAGGGGUAGAGGGAGAUUCGAAUUGGAUUUGGACUCCUGCUUCUUGGGAUGGCGAUGCGGAGAGGGUUUGGGAGUUGGUGUAUGAUGGGAAUGGUGCUGAGACCUCGUCAUUGGAAUCUACGACUAGGACCGAGAUUUGCGUUCCGUUUACGGAUGGUGGUGCUGAUCUGGAGGAGGAUGUGUUGGUUGAGGUGGUGGUUUUGAAGGAUGGGGAGGGGAGGGAGGAGAGUUUGGUGUGGAACCAAGGCGGAUGGCGUGUACUGAAGGACAAAGAGGAGAAGAGGAAAGAGAAGGAGAGGAAGAGGAAAGAGAAAGAGAAGGAGGGUAAGAGGAAGGAAAAGGAGAAAGAGAAGGACGAGAAGAGGAAGGAGAAGGACGAAAAGAAGGAGCGAAAGCGCAAGGACAAGGAGCAGAAGAGGAAGGAGAAGGAGGAGAGGAAGCAGCGGGAGAAGGAGGGAAAGGAGGGAAAGGACAAACACAAGCACGAAGAGGAGAAGGAGGAGGAGGGCAAAAUCGUCAAACAGGUCGAGGUUAACCUUGACGUUGUGGGUCGUGUUGAGCGGGUUAGGGUGUACCGCCUGCGGUCGUCUACCGGACGGCAUGCUGUUUCGUCACGGCAGCAGGUCGCUGUUUCUUCGCGGUCGUCCCCGUGUGGGCCGGGUCUUCCUGUUGAGCAUGUCUACCUCGGGAUGGAUGUCCAGAGGGUAGUUCGGGAGGUGAUGGAGGAGGAGCAGAGGCGUUCAUAG